GCCUGCAACAACACCACAAGUAGCGAUACAGACAUACAUAGACUGCAGGGAUAAGAGAGACGCGCUCGCAUGUUGGAAGGACUCGUCUCUUCCCUCCUGAACCGCUUCCUGGGCGCGUACAUUGAAAACUUUGACCCAAAACAGCUCAAUGUCGGCAUCUGGUCAGGCGACGUCAAGCUGCGCAACCUGAAACUCAAGCGCGAGGCGCUCGACAAGUUCAGGCUCCCGGUUGAUGCCUGCGAAGGCUAUGUUGGCGACCUGACACUCUCCAUUCCCUGGUCAAAUCUGGCCAGGAAGCCAGUCAGGGUCGUCAUGGAAAACAUCUUCCUACUAGCAACGCCAAAGAUCAAUCAAGAGUACGACGAAGCAGAUGAUCAGCGGCGCGCUCAAGCAGUCAAGCAGGAAAAGCUCGAUAGCGCGGAAAUUCUCAAUCGGCGGCAACUCGAGUUGACCUCUGAAGACUCCAAGAAGAAUCAGUCGUUCGCAGAGUCAUUGACUACAAAGAUUAUCGAUAAUCUGCAAAUCACCAUUCGCAAUAUUCACAUUCGUUACGAAGAUUCUCUCAGUUCACCAGGGAACCCAUUCUCGGUGGGUUUGACCCUUGCCGAGUUCAGCGCAUUGUCAACGGACAGCGAUUGGCAGCCGGCUUUUGUGCAAGGCAGCGACAAGUUGACAUACAAGCUUGCCAAGCUCAGUUCCCUGGCUGUCUAUUGGAAUACGGACGCCGAGUCUAUCGCGGGCAAGGAUACAAUCGAUAUGAUUCGAACCUUUGAUCAGCUCAUUUCAAAGCAAGAUGACAUUGCAGACCAUCAAUACGUCCUGCGACCAGUCAACGGUACCGGAAAAAUCACUAUGAACAAGCUCAAAACAUAUGAUCUACCAGGUGUCGAUAUCGGCUUGCUAUUUGACGAGAUUGCACUUGCUGUAGAUCAGGACCAGUAUCGCGAUGCGCUCAUGAUGGUAGACACCUUUCACUUCUUUCUGCGGCACCAAGAAUAUCGCAAGUACCGCCCGAAAGCCUCCAUCAAGGACGAUCCGAGAGCGUGGCUCAAGUUUGGCUUUGAUGCUGUGCAUCGCGGCAUUCACGAGAGGCGCAAGGUUUGGACGUGGGACCAUAUGCGUGAGCGUCGAAAUCAACGCAAGCGGUACAUUGAGCUCUAUAAGCUCAAGCAGACUGAAAAGAUCACAGUGGAUGAUUCGUCAGAGCUCAAGAAGCUCGAGGAAGACCUUGCCUAUGAAGACAUUCGAUUCUACCGCUCACUCGCUAAGAAUGAACUCAAGAAAGAAAAUGCCCUCAAGCCAAAGCAUGUCGAGCAACAAGCGCAAGGCUGGCUCUCAUGGGCCUGGUCUGGCGCGGCUGGUCGUUCGCAAGAAUCACAUGAAGAAGAAACUGUGAUGACGGAUGAGCAGCGCAAGGAACUCUACGAAGCCAUUGAGUGGGACGAAAAGCAAGCUCUAGCAGAUGGGCUUGAGGCGCCAGAGGAUUCAGUCAAGAUGCAAAUCACUGCACGUCUCAAGACUGGCUCAUUUGCACUGAGAAAAGCCAAAAGCUCUGGCAGCGACGACGUGAUUAGACUGCUCUUUGAUACGUUUGGCGCUCAGGUCAAGCAACGGCCCAAGUCCUUCUAUGCCAACUUGGCACUUGCUUCACUGAGGCUCAUUGAUGGCACAACACCAGGCUCCCUCUACACUGACAUGGCAAAACUCAAAGACGGCGACUUCAGCCAGGUGGAUGUUAUUGAGCCGUCAAAGGAGGCUGAGAGUGCCCUGGACAUCAAAGACCCGCUCUUCUAUGCCAGCUUUGAAAGUCAACCCCUGUCUCGCAUUGCCGAUACUGAAGUGGUUGCCCGCCUCAAGGCUAUGGAAAUCAUCUACAAUCCAAUCUGUAUCGAAACGCUUUUGCGCUUCAUUAAACCGCCGAAAUCGCAAAUCGAGUCCAUCAAUGCACUCAUGGCUGCCGCGAGUGAAGCCGCAAAGGAUUAUCGCGAACAAGGCAGGGCAUCUUUGGAGUUUGCGCUCUCUGAACACAAGACAGUCGCUGCACACCUCGACCUACAGGCUCCUCUUAUCAUUGUACCUGAGAGUGUGACACGCAAGAAUGCUCCCUGUAUCGUCCUUGAUGCUGGUAAAAUUCACAUCGAGAGCGAUUUGGUCAAGCAUGAUAAGAUCAAAGAAAUUCAAUCCAAAGACAAGGAGAAGCUCGACGAGCUGGAAAUGAAGGAACUUCAAUCACUAUGUUACGACAAAUUCAUGCUUCGUCUUGAAGAUACACAAAUUUUGAUUGGCCCAGAUAUUGACCAAGCACUCGUUGCGUUGCGCUCAGAGAGCGAUCGUCGCUUCCAUGUCGUUGACCGCAUCAACAUGAACUUUUUGCUGGAAAUCAGCAUUUUACCCAAAGCGGCCUCUCUCACUCUUACCAAAUUUCGCAUCUCUGGACAUUUGCCAAGCCUCAAUGCACGCGUUUCUGAUGAGAAAUACAAGACCAUGAUGCGCAUCAUUGAUGUUGCAGUGCCAAAGGACGAUACUGAGACUGCGUUGGAGACACGAGCGGCAGAGAAAGGUCAAAAGACUGCUGAAAGGCGCAGAUCAACGGCAUUCAAGUCAGCCUUCAGCCGUGUGCCAGAUCUGGUUGUAUUCCCUGAAAAGCAAGAGCAUGAUGACGACGACGACAAGUUCCUUCCCGCUCCUGAAGGUCCGUUGGGCGAACAAGACAUACUCUAUCAGCAGAAAACGUUUGAGCUCAAAUUUACUGUUGGCGAGCUCAAAGGAUCGCUGUACAAGGCAAGUCCAAGAGAAGGAGAGGAAGAUGAGCCAUUGGUAGACGUUGUCCUUCAGCAAUUUGCUCUGAACUUCUUCUUGCGACAGUAUGACAUGCAGGCCGAUGUUGUUUUGCGCUCGCUAGUUGUCGAAGAUCGCAUGAAUGUCGAAUCACCUCGAGAGUUUCAAAAACUCGUCACAUCAGAGCAAAUUGGCGAAGAUGAUCAGGAGCAGAAAGAUCUCGUGCACGUCAAAUACACCCAAGUCAAGCCAGCCUCGCCAGACUUUCAAAGCACGUAUGGAGGCAUUGAGAAGCACGUUGAUGUAGCACUUUCAACCAUCAAUGUCAUUGUCACGCAAAAGAGUAUCCUUACUCUGUUCGACUUUGUCCUCACUACAUUCACAAGCCCAGAUGCCCCAGCCGAAGCUGAAGCCGCUGAUGGCGACAUCGCUGUUGAAGCGGUUCAGCCUCCCGAGCAAAUCAGCAAGAUGCGUGUCAAAGUCGAGUUAACGAGUAUCGUGCUCGUCUUGAACCAAGAUGGCAUUCGACUUGCAACCAUCAAGAUGAGUAAGGGAGAUGUCGGUGUUUUCAUGAAUGGAGGCAGCAUGCGUGUUGGAGCAAAGAUUGGCAACUUUUCCGUUAGAGAUGAUGUCAAUCAAGGUGCUGGUGGCCUAUCCAAUUUUCGACAAAUCAUCAGUAUCGAAGGUGAUGAACUCGCAGACUUUCGUUAUGAGACAUUCGACCCCUUGGUUUUGGCAACGUAUCCUGGGUAUGACAGCUCCGCUUACCUUCGCCUCAAUUCGAUCAAGAUCAAUUUCUUGGAGGAACCAUUGCGCAAGAUUCUCAACUUCGGUGCCAAGUUUGCGCGCAUGAAGGCACUCUUUGAUGAUGCGCGGAAUGCCGCCCUCUCUCAAGUUCAGCAGGUUCAACAAAGAGCUGGCAAGAUGCACUUUGAUCUCCUUGUUCGGACGCCAAUCGUUGUCUUUCCUCGUUUGGUAGAGGCGACGGCUGAACGCGAUGUCGUUGUGGCGAAUCUAGGUGAACUGUUUGCCAAUAACCAAUUCGGUCCGUUGGACGACAGAGAAGAGUCGCCCAGCGUCAACAAGAUACAAGCUGGUAUUCGCAAUAUUGCCUUGUCUUCCAAACUACACUAUGCAAAAGGCGAAGUUGAGGAAUUGCAGAUGAUUGACGAUGCGGAUGCCAUGUUUGACAUUAUGCUCGUAGAGCACGAGCAAAAUUCUGACCGACCUCAGACACAAGUGACUGGGCAUGUGUCAGACAUCAGUCUGAAGCUGACACGCUCGCAGUACAAGUUUUUGAUGGACUUGACUCGCACCGUUCCUGGUGUAUUCGUCGGUGACGGUGCUGACGAAGAGGAGCGCGAAUUGAGUCAGAAUCUGUCAGGCACACGUUCAGGGCCUUCCACUUCUGGAGUGACGACGCCGGUUGGUCAGGAAACCGUAGUUGAUCUUGAACCCGAACUUGGUACGCCGCAGCAAGCCGGCAAUGCAGUCGAUGUUUCCAAUGCUUUGGAUGCUGUGCUCACAGUCGGCACCCUCAGUCUGGAAAUCUUCGAAAAUGACGAGCACCAUGCAUGUGGAGAUCUGGAGAAAGCUUCGUUGUCCAAGUUUUUGCUCUCUACCACCAAAGCCAAGUUUGCAACACGCUCGGAUGGGUCGUCGCAAGGAGAAGUCAAUGUCAAGGCGCUGACUGUGUCCGACACCCGCCAUGACAAGCCUAGCAAAUUCCGUGAGGUCAUUCCAGCAGUUCAACAUGAUGGUCAUCAAUUCAACGCAAGCGUAACAAUAUCUGGCGGACUCGAACGUGCGCUCAUGGCAAUGCUCACCAUCGAUACACCGCGUAUCAUCUUUUCCCUCGAACACAUUUUUGCAUUGCAACACUGGGCCAUGUCGGCCUUUGAGCAGACAGCGUUUGUCGACCCAGCAGAGCAAUCCUUGGCAAGCACAAACGAGGAGCCAGAAGCAACAAUGAUCAUGCCUGACAUCAGCGAAGACGGCCAGGACUUGCAGGAAAUGCAAUCCCAGACCAAGCCGAAGCCGAAGCGAGUUCCAGCUCAGCCUGCUCAGGGAAGCAUGAGCAUAGCUUAUCGCGUCAACGUUGUGGAUCCAUCCAUCAUCCUUGUGGCAAAUCCCACUUCGUCGAAUUCUGAGGCCAUUGUACUGAGUGCAAAGCAAGUCUUGCUCACGCAACAGUCUGUUAUGAUGCUAGCUGUCGACGGCGUCUCGAUGUACCUCUGUCGUAUGGACAAGCCAGAUACCUUGAAGCUUCGCUUACUGGACAACUUUGCCAUCAAUCUCUCGCUGGAUUCUCGAACAAACACAGCACAGCAGACGAUUAAGCUCAUCGAGAUUGAUAUCGAGCCGCUCGUAUUACGAGUCUCGCUUCGUGAUAUUUUGAUCGCUCUACAAAUUGCGCAAAAGGCCUCCCAAUUGUCUGCUGCUUCCCCGCCGCCACAAAGUGAAGACAAGUUGAAGACUCGCCGGGGCAGCAUGUCGGGUAGUACACGGCGACGAUCGAGUGUCGCUGUCUCCCAUGGUGAUAACCGCAGUACUGUGCCCAACCAGACGCUUGCCACUCGCAUCAAGGACAAGAAGACCACACUGAGCCGUAUUUCCGACCAGCCAGGCAUUAUUUCCACCAUCAUCAACCGAGAAGAGCUCAAAGCGACAUUCCAAGGCUUACGACUUGUCUUGAUUGGUGAUCUCCACGAGCUCCCCAUACUCGAUAUGAGCAUCGGCAAGUUUUUGGUCAAUAUUCGGGACUGGUCUUCUGACAUGACACUCGAUACCAACAUUGAGGCAUACGCGAAUGUGUACAACUUUUCCAAUUCGCACUGGGAACCGUUGAUUGAACCCUGGCAAAUGGGCGUUCAUAUUGGGCGGUCUCUUUCCAAUAAUCGGACCGAUAUCAACGUCUAUUCACGGAAACGCAUCGAGAUGACAUUGACAUCUAGCACGAUUGCGCUCGCCUCGAAGGCCCUUCAGUACUUCAACGAGAACGAAGAUGUCCUGUCCAAGCCACGCGGCGUGGAUGCAUCUUACCGGAUCAUCAAUAUGACUGGCUAUCCUUUGAGUAUAUGGUCUGAGGGCGUAGAAGGAGAGGAACCCGGCGCCUCCAAGAUUGCCGACGGCGAAGAAAUUCCAUGGAGCUUUUCUGAUUGGCAUUUCCAGAGAGAGUCGCUGUCCGUGGACGCUGUUCACUCACAUCUUGGCAUCAAGAUCGAAGACUCCGAAUGGCAAGCUCUCGCAGAUGUUCCAGUUAAUCGCGAGGGUGAGAAGCUGUAUUCCCUCAAGAGUGCUUCAGGCGCUCAAAGCAGUCCCCAGCAUCGUAUGGUGGUCGAGGUCAAGCUCCGAGCCGACUACGUCAAGGUUGUCACUUUACGGUCAGCUCUCUUGUUUGAGAAUCGAACUCAGAUACCCAUUGAAGUGGUUGGGAUUGACCAGGCUGGCAACAAGCAGACCAAAAUCUACAAAGUCGCCCCCGGUGAGGAUUGUGCCGCACCUAUCAGAGCUGCGUUCGAUUGUGGCAUCAAGAUUCGUCCAGACCCUGGCUUCCGCUAUCAAUGGUCACAUCAAACUCUGUACUGGAAAGAGCUGUCGCAAAAGCCAGGCAGAACACUCAACUGCAAGCCGCUCGACGAGCAAGACUCGACGCCCUUUAACUUUCAAGUAUUUUCAAGAAUCACAUCAGGCAACCUGAGUGGCAAGUAUCCCUAUCAGCGGAUACGCAUCAGUCCGCCUGUGGAGAUCAGUAACUUGUUGCCAUAUGACUUCAAUUUCAAGAUCUACGAUGAUACGGUAAAGAAGGACUGGUCCAAUUUCUUACGCAAAGGUCUACGCAGCCCCGUUCAUACUGUUGAUCUUGCACAUGUACUUCUGCUGGCUAUCCAAGUGCAAGACUCUCAGCCUGCUUACGAACCGUCGCAGUACUCUGUCAUUCACACAAAUAAUCCCGAUGACUUCAGGAGAGAAGAGAGACUGGCACUCCUUGAUGGUCAUGGCAUGAAGACCAAACUUGGACUCCAUUUCACAGAGGUGCCUGAUUCGGGCGGUGCAUUUGUUGUAUCUGUCUUUGCGCCGUACCUCAUCCUGAACAAGACUGGGCUCGAUAUUCAGAUUCGUUCAGCCAAUUCAAUGUUUCUCCAGAAGAGCCGAAAUGGAACAGGCGUCAUGCCUUCGAGCAAAGACAAGGCUGCUCUCCCAUACUUGCACUCUUAUGCGAACGAUGACCGAAAAAACCGUGCCGUUUUACGGGUAGGCGAUUCUUCUUGGUCGUCUCCCCAGAGUUUCGAAGCUAUUGGCUCGGUCUCGGAGGUGACCAUCACUGCACCAAAUGACAAGGAGGUUCAUCUCGGUAUCAAGGUGGAUGAAGGCGAAGGCAAAUACAAACUAACCAAGGUGGUGACAUUGACGCCGCGCUUUGUCUUGAAGUCUAAUCUUACGCAUGACUUGAUGAUUAGAGAGCCUGCAUCCUCUGAUAUUCUCUACCUGAAGGCCGGAGAACUGCUACCAGUCCACUUUAUGAGGCAAGUAGUUGCACGGCAACUUUCCGUUUGCCUGCCGGGUGCAGACAAUGAUUGGUCCAACCCAUUCAACAUUCAAGAUGUCGGUCGCAACUAUGUCAAGGUCCAAAGACGUGGUGAGCACCAGAAGCUACUCAAAAUUGAGAUUCUCCUCGAAGGCGCAACGCUCUUCUUACACAUCAAUCAAGAAGACAAGAAUUGGCCAUUCAUCAUUCGCAACGAGAGUAGCUGCGAUUUCAUCUACUACCAAGGCAACCCCUACAUUGAGGAUGGAGAAGAAACUGGCAAACGAGUGCCAUACAAGCCACAGCGUUACAAGGUCCCGGCGCGCAGUAUCAUGCCGUAUGCUUGGGACUAUCCUGCUGCCAAGAGUCCCGUCUUGAUUCUUUCGCCAACAAGAGAUGAUGCACGCGUCCGUCACCUGCGUCUCAGCGAAAUUGGUGCCCUGGAACCCUUCAAGGUCCCCGCUGAUCCAAAGCGCCAGACCAAUGGAGGCAUCGUUGAUUUGAAUGUUGUUGCUGAGGGUCCGACGCGCAAGUUGAUCAUCAAGAAUCGCGAUCCAAAGACUAGUCUGUACCGCCAGCGCACGCUACCGUUGCACCGAGAGCGCGACAAGCUCAUUCGAACAGACAGCUCUAGCUCAAUCAAGGACGAGUUUGAAGCUGUCGUUGACAGCAAAGCAGCUGAAGUCACGUUGAAGGCAAGUUUGCGCUUCGAAGGUAUUGGUCUGUCUCUUAUCAACAGUCGACACAAGGAGCUUGCUUACUUGACGACCAGAGGAAUCGAGGUGAACUACUCAGAUUCAGCUUGCGAGACGACAUACGAUGUGCUUUGCAAAUGGAUCCAGAUUGACAAUCAGCUCUAUGGCGGCAUCUAUCCAAUUCUGCUGUACCCAACCGUCAUUCCAAAGACCGGGCGGGAAAUUGACCUGAGGCCUGCAUUCCAUCAGAAGAUUAUACUUGCCAAGGAUACCUCGCACGGAGUCAUAUUUGUCAAGUAUGCUUCAAUUUUGAUGCAAGAGUUUACCCUGGAGGUCGACGAAGACUUCCUCUUUGCCGUGCUCGACUUUUCCAAAGUACCUGGUGCAAGUUGGGCAGAGGCACAAGAAGGUCAAUUAUGUGAUGCGCGACUGACACUGCCAGAGCCCAAUCGGGAGGCAGAGUCCAAUGACAUUUACUUUGAAGUCUUGCAUUUGCAUCCCUUCUCGCUCAAUCUGUCUUUUGUGCGAACAGAGCGCGUCAACGUCGAGGAUAAAACCUCGUCACAGAAUCCUCUCAUGUUCUUCUUCAACAUAUUGACCAUGGCAGUCGGCAACAUCAACGAGGCGCCGGUCCGUCUCAAUGCGUUACUCAUGGAAAAUGUACUCACAUCGUAUCCCAUGCUCUCUCAAGCAAUUCAGUCGCACUACGGAGAAGAGUUCUUCUUCCAGGUGCACAAAAUUCUAGGGUCUGCCGACUUUUUGGGUAAUCCUGUUGGCCUUUUCAACAACAUCACGAGUGGAUUUGCGGAUAUCUUCUAUGAGCCUUACCAAGGUUUCAUUCUAAGCGACCGUCGUGGCGAAAUCCCAAUUGGCAUAGCCAAAGGCACAGCGUCGUUCGUGAAGAAGACUGUGUUUGGUAUUUCCGAUUCCUUCUCAAAGGUGACUGGCAGUGUUUCGAAAGGCUUGUCUGUUGCAACGAUGGACAAGCAAUUCCAAGAGAGGCGCCGAAUGACGCGAGCGCGGAAUCGACCAAAGCAUGCUCUUUAUGGCGUGCAAUCUGGCGGAAUGGCCCUGCUCUCCAGCUUUGGCAGUGGUGUGGAAGGACUUGCUCGACAGCCCUUUGAAGGUGCAGAGAAGGAGGGUGCAGCUGGAUUCUUCAAAGGUGUCGGCAAAGGUGUUUUGGGCCUCGUCACCAAGCCUGUCAUUGGCGUAUUUGACUUGGCCAGCAAUGUCAGCGAGGGCAUCCGCAACACGACAACAGUAUUUGACUCUGAGGGCAUUGACAAGGUGCGACUACCCAGGCAUGUUGGCAAGGAUGGUGUGGUUCGGCCAUACAAUGAGAAUGAAGCACUUGGCCUGUUCUGGCUGCAUCAGCUCAACAAUGGCAAGUUCCAAAAGGAAAACUACCUUGCUCAUUACAACUUGACUGACGGCACCAUGCUGCUCAUCACAUAUGAGACCAUCAUGCUGUGUAAGCUCAAGGGCUUCGACGUCGAGUGGGACAUCAGCUUCUCAGACCUCAAGACGAUCCUCAUGGAGAAGGAAGGGUUGAAGCUGAUCCUGAAGGGCAACCAGCGUGGUCCCCUGAUUCCCAUCCAGGAGGAAUCUGGCCGCAAGUUUGUCUAUUCCAAGAUCAAGGUUGCUGUGCAGGCAUAUAACAGCCAGUAGUCAUAUGUAGUGCGUACAGUCAUCGUGUAGAUGUACACCUGGUG